CUGCCGGGAGCUGGGCAGCAGCGUCACCUCAGUCCUUCUAGCUGCUCUCACGGUGGGAGGCUUCUCCGGGCGCUGAUGAAGCUCUCGGAGUAGCUGCCGCUCUGCUCCCCUCCUCACGCUCUUUUGCAAGAGCCCCCGGGCCCGGGGUGCGGCUGGCCUCGGGGACCGCCCCCCCCAUGCCGUGGUUUGAAAGUGCCAGUUGUCUGGGGGAAUCGCUGUAGCUGGGAGGCACCGCGGGCCCUGCUCCGUAGAGUUGGCUCUUGAGGCUGCUGCUGCCUGGUGAAGAGGGAUUUGCAAGGAGCUGAGCUCUGGUGCAGCUGCAGCAGCUAUGGGGCUGCAGCCUUUGGAGUUCAGCGAUUGCUACCUGGAUAGCCCCUGGUUCAGGGAGAGGAUCAGAGCCCAUGAGGCGGAACUGGAGAAAACCAACAAGUUCAUCAAGGAGCUGCUCAAGGAUGGAAAGAACCUCAUCGCUGCAACCAAAAACCUUUCGGCAGCCCAAAGAAAGUUUGCCCACUCUCUGAGGGAUUUUAAAUUUGAAUUCAUUGGCGAUGCAGAGACGGAUGAUGAAAGAUGUAUAGAUGCAUCCUUGCGUGAGUUUUCAAAUUUCUUAAAAAAUCUGGAAGAGCAAAGAGAAAUCUUGGCACUGAGUGUUACCGAAACUCUGAUCAAACCUUUGGAAAAAUUUAGGAAGGAGCAGCUAGGAGCUGUAAAGGAAGAAAAGAAGAAGUUUGAUAAAGAGACAGAGAAAAACUACAGCUUUUUAGAGAAGCAUUUAAAUUUAUCAGCUAGGAAGAAAGAGCCACAGCUACUAGAGGCAGAUUAUCAAGUGGAGCAAAAUAGAAAACACUUCUAUGAGCUGUCACUUGAAUAUGUGUGCAAGCUGCAGGAGAUACAGGAACGGAAGAAAUUUGAGUGCGUGGAACCCGUACUGUCAUUUUUUCAGGGUAUAUUCACUUUCUAUCAUCAGGGCUAUGAACUUGCCAAAGACUUCAAUCACUACAAAAUGGCUCUGCAGAUCAAUAUCCAGAAUACAAGAAAUCGCUUUGAAGGAACAAGAUCGGAAGUGGAGGAGCUCAUGAACAAAAUCAGGCGAAAUCCUCAGGAACAUAAAAGAGCAAAUCAGUUUACAAUAGAAGGCUACCUUUAUGUGCAGGAAAAAAGGCCUGCCCCAUUUGGCUCCAGUUGGGUAAAACAUUAUUGCAUGUAUAGGAAGGAGACAAAGAAGUUCACCAUGAUCCCAUUUGAACACAGGUCAGGAGGGAAAAUUGGUGAUGGGGACGUUUUCCUCCUUACAUGCUGUACCAAAAGAAAUGUGGAUACUAUAGACAGGCGUUUCUGUUUUGACAUAGAAGCUGCAGACAGAUCUGUUACUCCUGUGACCAUGCAGGCAUUUUCUGAGGAGGACAGGAAGCUGUGGAUGGAAGUCUUGGAUGGAAAAGAAGCUCUGUUCAUCAAUUUGUAUAGAGCCAACACAAGACGGGAGGGAAGUGCACAGUUGGAUAACAUAGGGUUCACAAUUCUGAGAAAAUGCAUCAGUGCCGUUGAAACACGAGGUAUAAAUGACCAAGGAUUAUACAGAGUUGUGGGGGUGAGUUCAAAGGUCCAGAGACUUCUGAGUUUGCUAAUCGAUGCAAAAACCUGCAGUGAAAUUGAUCUGGAAAACUCUAUAGAUUGGGACGUGAAGACGAUUACCAGUGCUAUGAAGCAGUACCUGAGAAGUCUUCCAGAGCCCCUAAUGACGUAUGAGUUGCACAGAGAGUUCAUCAUUCCUGCCAAAAGUGGCAGCCCUGAGUCCAGAGUUAACGCUAUCCACUUCUUGGUUCAUAAACUUCCAGAGAAGAACAAAGAGAUGCUGGACAUUUUGGUGAAACAUUUAGCAAACGUUGCAGACCAUGCCAAGAAAAAUCUAAUGACUGUUGCAAAUUUAGGAGUAGUAUUUGGACCAACCUUAAUGAGGCCACAGGAAGAAACUGUGGCAGCUAUUAUGGAUCUAAAGUUUCAGAAUAUCGUAGUGGAAAUCCUUAUAGAAAACCAUGAGAAGAUCUUCAAAACCCUGCCUGAUUCAACUUUCCCUGAGCCAAUCUCUGUGUCAGUAUCUCCUCCAAAUGUCCCACCAAGGCAAUCGAGAAGACAAGGGCAGCGUAAUAAGCGGCCUCUGGCUGUAUAUAAUCUGUGUCUUGAGCUUGAUGAUGUUGACAACCACAGCCCUCCCAGGGAGGACACUCCUACUGGCAGUAUGGAUUCUCUUUCUUCUCACUCUCCUACACCUGCAGUCUCCAAUAGCCCCCUUGAGCCAGAAAAAAAUCACCUUAUUCUGGAGAGUGGAGACCUAGCGGACUGGACAGCCAAUCACCCCAGUCAGAUUCGUUCAUCGAUGGUCUCAUGGUUGAAUACACAGUCCACCACAACACCUACCUCAGCUAUCAAAACCCCAGCACCAUCAUCUUUCCCCUUCCCCACCUCUGCCACAGGGAGUGACAGACCAGCUGAAAGUGUUCUCAACAGAAGAGCAAGAGCAGUGUACCCUUGUGAGGCAGAACAUAGCUCUGAAUUAUCUUUUCAAAUAGGAGCAGUUUUUGAAGAUGUGCAACUUUCCAGAGAACCAGGAUGGCUUGAAGGAACUCUAAAUGGCAGGAGAGGACUUAUUCCACAAAACUAUGUUCAGUUUCUUUAGCUCUCUGCAUUUAACGCCCAGAAGGUGUACAUGGUAUCCAUGGAUUUUUGUUAAUCACUUCUCUCCGCUUUGGUGACUGGUUUUAGUCAAGGAAGAGCUAGACAAUGGGAUGAAGAGCCUAAUCUGUAUAAACACAAAAUGUUGCCAAAUAGGAAUUGCAGAGAUGUGAUUUGUAAGGUGUUUUUUUUGGGGGGGGGGGGC